UUGCAAACAAUUGAAUGCGACCGUUGCUCAACGAGAUUACAAAUUUUAGCAAGCUCUCGGAAAGAACACAGAUCGAAGAUUUCUAUUGAAGCGUUUUUGAUAAAAUUUUCUUUAUUUUGGGGCUUUUCAGCCAAGAAGUUUGUUCAUCUUGGCUCGUACCGCCCAUUUACAGCAAAAAUGGAAGUUCAAACAAGGAGAAACAGGACUGCUUUGAUUCAAGAUCAAGAAAAUAUCUAUGCGAACAAAAAAGUUGUAGUUGUGCCGUCAAAACGGCAAGGUUUGACUGUUCGUGGAGCGCUCGGCGAACUCAACACAAAUAUUCAAUUAAAUAGGGAAGUAAACAUUGGAAAGGUAGCAGUAACAGCAGCAGAAUAUGAAAAGAAGGCCUCUAUAAAUCGAAACGCCGUUAACAAAAGUAAUUACAGCCAUGUUCAAUCCAAAAUUGACACCGGGCUGGCUGCAAAGAAUAUUGUACAACCAUCAUCCAGACCACCGCUUAGGAGAGAGGAGAGCACAGCGGGUCUCGCUGCAAGGGCCGUAGUACGCACAAGGGCGGCCCUUAAGGACACGCAGGCCAAGCCCAACGAGUUAAAAGAAUCAAUCAAUCUUCUGUUACAAACUAAGAAAAAUGAAGUUAAGAAGACUACCAAAUUACCAACCUUAAAGGAGAACAAAGAAAAGAAACGCUUACCCAAACCAAUAUUAAAAGAAUCCACUGGGAAACUUGGGAAGCUCAAAAUAAGUGAGAACACAGACAGUUGUGAGAAACUCCAAAAGGAUAUACUUUCAGAAGUCACCAAUGUCAACACGCCUGAAUUACCUGAUGACAUUGAAGAUAUUGAUGCUAGUGACUACAACAGUCCCCUGCUUAUGUCAAUAUACAUAAAAGACAUAUACUAUUAUUUGACACAACUCGAAGAGAAGUAUCCUAUUGAAGAAGACUACUUGAAAUUUCAGACUGUUAUAACGGGUAAGAUGAGGGCGACACUGAUUGACUGGCUGGUAGAGGUGCAAAGGCAGUUCAAAUUGGUGCUGGAGACUUUCCACUUGACUGUUGGUAUAAUUGACCGCUAUUUACAGGUGGUGCCAAAUGUACAAAGAAAUCAACUGCAGCUUGUGGGAGUUACAGCUAUGUUUAUCGCGAGUAAAUACGAAGAAAUCUAUGCUCCUGAUGUAGGAGACUUUGUCUAUGUAACCGAUAAUGCAUACACCAAAGCUGAUAUAUUCCAAUGUGAAAAAGACAUCAUUACAAAACUAGGAUUCUGUUUUGCGAGACCCAUUCCACUGAGCUUUUUGAGAAGAUUUGUGAAAGCUGCGCGGGGAACAUCGAAGAAUCAUCAUCUGGCUAAAUAUUUCGUGGAUCUAUGUCUAGUUGAAUACUCGAUGGCCCACUACCACCCCUCUCAUCUCGCCGCCUCGGCUAUCUGUCUUUCUCUUUAUCUUCUUUCAGGUAAACCUCUUUCCGAAGUCUGGUCUCCGACAUUAUCUUUCUACUCUGGCUACAGUCUAGAAAAUAUAGAGCCAGUUAUGAGAAAAAUUGCUCAAAUAGUUAUUAAUGUAGAAAAGUCUAAACAUAAGGCAGUUUACAAUAAGUACACGGAUCCCACUCUAGCCAAAGUGUCAACUCUACCUCAGUUAAAAGGCGAAGCUAUAUUCGAACUAGCCAAUUCCGAGUCGUUAACAUAAUUUUUUAAUUUUAUUAGUGUUGAAAAUGUUUUUUGUAUGGACUGACUUUUUGAAUAGGGUUUGUAGGUACCUGUACUGUUUGCUUCGUAAUAAUUUUAUAUUUUAGAUGUAAUUUUAUGUUAGAUAGUUUUACCUAAGACGUGACAUGCAUACUUAGAAGAUUUUUAGCUUUACAAAUAAUAUUUAUGUUGGACUGUGGUUCAAAUGUCAGUAUUGAGUCUAAUAAUUCAGACGUAGUCUCUUCUGUUACAAAUCUUUACUUUCAAGACUAAACAUAAUUAUGUUUUCAUAAUCGCAAAAUUUAUUUAUAAAAAUAUAACUUUUAAUAUAUUUUGUAUGUUUCUUAAAACUGUGCACCUCAUGUGACUUAUUGUGGGCAAAAUUUUGAUUUUGCCUCAUGACAAUGACCAAAACUGUGCAUUCACUAUAUUUUGAUACUUUUAGGUGUAAUAAUUAUUGUACUUUAGAUUAAUUUAUACUGUGAUUAGAAUUUUGAUGUAUGUAAUUUGUUAAUAAAAUGAUUUGUAACAAAUAAAUUUUUUCAUUAUC